AAUAAAUUAUUAAAUGAAAAACAAGAGAAGCAUGAUUAAAUAAAUUAUUAAAUGAAAACAGAUAUACACUAACAGAUAUAAAUUAUAUAUAAUUUAAAUACAAAAUUAAGUAAAACAUUGAUAUUUAAUGCAGUUGUCAAAGAAGCUCCCCAGAAUGGCAGGUUUUGAUUGUGUGUUGAUUGGUUUUAUAUCUUAUUUAAUAUUUUUGUGGAGAAGACACGCAGCUUCCGGUGUCUUUAUUUUGUAGGUUCUGACCGGAAGUAGUGUGGUUUUCCCGGGGCUUGGCACGCGGUGCUGAUGCAGUGACGUCGCGGUAGCAUCCCAGCUGUUAGCCGCUACGGCGGAUGGAGCGGAGCUCGUGAGUUUUACCUUCUCGCUCUAUCAUUUCGUCGUUUUACCGGCGCCGGGCGGCGCGAGCAGCCUGCUGAGUGAAGCCGAGAGAAGCUUCUGGAGCCGGACUCGCGUCCUUAUCUCCGGGGCCGGACGGCUGAACGCGGGCCAGCCGAGCCAUCUGACGGCUGAUAACCGCCCCACCAGCGGCCGGGCGGGGGGCAUGUGAGGGCGGCCCGGGCCUCGGACUGACGCCGCGCCGCUCCGCGGGGGAGACAUGAACGCGCCGCUCGGGAGGAGGGGCCUCGUCGGGCUGGCGGUGGGACUGGGAGCCGCGGCCGGCCUGAGCUUCAUCACGUUCAUCAUUUACCGGGCGGUCAGCCGGAGGAGACGCCUGCGGCUGGCCGGGACAGAGGCCGCGAGGCCGGCCGGGGAGGGGACCCCGCGUCCCGCCGCGCUCCGGAGGCUGGAGGCGGCGGACGGAGCGGCGCUGCUCCGCGACGUGCUGGACGCUCAGGAGGGCGAGGCCCAGGCCCAGGCUCUGGCCGCGGUGGAGGCGGCGGUGCAGGGUCUGUCCCCGGAGCACCAGCUGGAGCUCCGGAACCAGCUGGACCAGGUCCUGAGCUGCGUGUCCUCGCUGCGCUCCGAGGUGGCCGAGCUGAGGGGAGGCCUGCAGGACAUCGCCCUGCAGAUCAUCCAGGACGUGAAGAAGGGGGUGGAGGACAGCCAGCGGCUGCGCCGGCGCCGUCACGUCCUCCACAGGGAGCGCACCGACUCCACCAGCUCCAGCUCCAUCUACUUCACGGCCAGCCAGGGAGCCGCCAGCGCGUACGAGGAGACCAGCGAGGGGGGAUACUCCACGGCCUACGCGGAGUCAGACUACACGGAUCGAGAGACGGACAGAGAGGAGGGAGAGCAGGAGAACGAGCAGGAGUCUGACGAGGAGGAGGACCAGAGCUGUGCGACCGUCGUCACGCUGCGUCUGGGAGAGGAGGAGGAGGAGGAGGAGGAGGAGGAGCGAGGCCUGGAGGAUCAGCAGGAGGAGCAGGAGGAGCAGGGAUAUGAAGAAGCCGAGCCGCCGCGGAGCCCGGGUCCCAGCGGGGAGCUGGCCCUGCUGCUGGCUCAGAGCGACGUCCUCCACACCGGAGACGCCAGCUUAAAGGCGGAAGGCUACCGGCUGCUGCUGGAGAACAGGGAGGAGUACGGGGAGAGCAGGGAGUUCCUGUGGCGGCUGGCUCGAGCCUACAGAGACAUGUACGAGUGUGCAGAGGGGCCCCAGGACAAGGUCAUGUACGGACAGCUAGGUCGAGAGGAGGCGGAGAAGGCCCUGCAGAAGAACGGUUUGACUGCAGAGUGUCACAAAUGGUUCGCGCUGGCGACCGGCCUGACCACGCAGCACGAGAGCUUACACGGCAAAAUGAAGAGCACCAAAAUCCUGAAGGAGCACCUGGACCGGGCCCUGGCCCUCCGAGACGACGACCCGGUGGUCUUCUACCUGCUGGGCCGCUGGUGCUACGUGGUCGCCACCAUGGACUGGCUGGAGAGGAUGGGGGCCAGCACCGUCUACCAGAGCCCCCCCAGCGCCACGCUGCACGACGCCCUGCGCAACUUCCACAAGGCCGAGGAGCUCAGCCCCGGGUUCUGCAGGAAGCUCCGCCUCUACAUCGCCAAGUGCUACAAGGAGCUGGACGACCAGUACGAGAGCUCUCGCUGGACCGAGCUGGCUCUGAGGACCAGCAGCAGCACGGAGGAUGACGAAGAGACUCUGGAGCUGCUGACUCAGCUUCGGCCCUCGGAGAAGAAGCCGUGACCACGUCCUGCAGAACCACGCUUCCUGGUUCCCUCGUAGCGUUCUGAGUGCCGUCUGUGGUGUUUAACCUGUGUUUGAGAUCAUUACCUGAACUGAGGAACCUUCACUUCAAUUAACUUUAUUCAUAUCAGCACCGGAUACAGCAGUCGUUUCAGGGCCGGUCCAGGGGCCGGUCCAGGGGCCGGUCCAGGGGCCGGUCCAGGGGCCGGUCCAGGGGCCGGUCCAGGGGCCGGUGCAGGGGCCGGUCCAGCUGGCUCACACACCGUUUCCGGAGCUUCAACAGCACAAGUUGUUUAGAAGCUGCGGAGUUCCGCCUCAGAUGUCCUUCAGUGUUUGUUUUGUGAAGACACUCGAUUACCGUAGCUGUAGUGAGUCACCGAUGGAUUGAUUUGAUUUGCGCUGUGAAGACUUUGAUAUUUAUUGACCUGCUCUGUGAUCCUUUUCUAACUUCAGUUUCUGUUUUUGGUUCAUUUUGCAGUGAAGCAGAAGUGAGAUAUCACAUAUACGUAUUUAAUAUUUUUCUUAAUAAAAUCUCUUGCU